AUGUCUCUCGCGUCUCUCACGACGGCAGCCAACACGCUGAAACUCCUUUCCCAGGAUGCUACAACCGACCUCACAUCAUCGUCAUCGUCAUCAUCAUCAUCAUCAGUCCGUGACAAGCUGUACCCAACGGAAGCUCCAUCCAAAGGAACCGACUCACCAAGUUGUGGCCCCAAAGAGCUAGCAUCUGCAAGCUCCGAAGCAGUCCUGGUGGAACAAGAAGAAGAAGAAGAACUGAGUGCCAAUCCCAUUGAAUACCUAGAGCAGUUGUUUGCAAAGUAUGGUAUCAAUCUGAAGAAUCGAAGACGGAAACGCCCCGUCAUGUCCCUCCCUGCCGACAAUGACAACGACAUGUUUGAACAAGUGGAUGCCUACGACAUGGAAACGGCUCGUGCCGUGCGUGCAGGAGACUUGGACACACUACGACAACUCUACCACGACAAGGGCUACUCGCUCAGUGCCUGCAAUCGGUUUGGGGAAUCUCUCUUGCACAUGAGCUGUCGUCGUGGUCAUGCUUCCAUGGUGCGAUUCAUGCUGGUCGAAGCCAAAGUCAAUCCUCGUGUCAUGGAUGAUUUUGGUCGGACCGCCUUUCACGAUGUCUGCUGGUCGUCGCAACCCAAUCUGGAAACCAUGGACGUACUCCUGCAAGUCUUGCCGCCGAUUGGACUCUUGAUGCAAGAUGCGCGGGGGAAUUCACCGUUGGAAUAUGCGCCCCGCAAACACUGGCCCGUGUGGCUCGAGUAUCUGCAAGAACGGGAACACAUCUUUGUGAACUGGAUUCGGGAAAAGAGGGAGCGAGUGGCACUAACGAGACAGCACAAACAGCAAGAGAUCGAGAAACUUCGACGCGCGGCCAACCACAUUAAGGGUAUUGCCAGUCCUCCUCUCCAAAGCCCUGCUCCUCCUGCGCAUCGAGUCGAGAUGAAUUCGUUGGCUGCUUAG